GGUGACCUCUCCACGUGUGCAUUCAAUCAGCCGUACUCACUUCCAAGCAGAAAUGCUUUGUCAUCCUCCUACUCCGCGAAAUCUUCUUCUGAGGUUGCAACAAGGGCUGGAGUUAACGACGAAAGUGUCAAGAAAGAGAACAAGGAAGAAGACGAUGAGGAGGAAUACGCUGCAACCACUGAUCCCUUCUACGACAAACUUCCAUGGUUCAAGUCCAUUGGAAGGUGCCUUGUCUACCUUACCAAUCUCUACUUUGACAUGUCACACGAGCAGGAGCUACCGUUAAUUAAUCGCAAUGGCGAACACGUGGGUUUCAUUCGAGUGUUGGUGGAGUCCAGAAAUGACUCAUCCCCACCUCGUUCGCCUGCCCUUUCACCUCUCUUUGGACCGCCUUCACAGGGCGGUCAACGCAAAGGUCAUGCUAAACUGCAUUUCGACGACCUCGAGUAUUUCACGUCCGAGGCUAACGGUGAUUCUUACUGUGACAACUUUGCUUUUGGGAGGUUUGAGCCUAGGCUUACACCUGAUCCUCUGGCUACUGUGCGUCCAAUCGAUCCAGACGAUAAAAAG